AUGGCGGCGAAGGAGCACCAUCGGAAGAAAAUGACGAAUCAUAUCAGCCGCGCUAUAGAAGUAGCACUAGAUUCUCCUGCCGAGUGCUGGAAUGAGAGAUGUGCUGACGAUGGAAGGUUCUGCGUUGACGGCGUGGGGAAACGGAUCAUCGCAAGGGACGAGGCUUUGUCGCAAAGGUCUCAAACACCACGUCAAGUUUACAAUUCAAAAGAUCUCAACUCGGUGGUACCACAUCUCCUCCUUAUAUUCAUCUUCCUCCCGCACGCCCGCAGCGUAUGCAGCGGUCUCGACGACUGCACCAUCUACGGCGGCUGGGAGAACUUUGCCAACAACCUCGGCACCGACCUUGCCCCUCUGCUCGCCCUCUUUGGGGAGCAAGUCACCAAGCAAUUUAUGAGCGAGUCCACGUCGGGGCUCGACAGUAUCCUUUUUGGCCUCGCCCCCCUCGGCGUCAUCACCGCCAUCAUCUCUGCGAUCCGUGUCUCCGGCAGCCCGCGCCUCCGCGCGCUCGUAGGCAGGGCCAAGGAGAGCCGCGGCCAGGUCGAGGCGGACCUGAUGAGCUCCACCAGCCCCGACGUAUGCGAACUGUGGAACGGCGAUGGGGUGGUCAGGGUCCUGGGGCGGCCGGUCCUCCUGCAGAUCAUCCGCGCGCGGGAUGAGAACGGCGCCUACAGGCUAUACACGUUCCAGGAGGCCUACGAUAGGAUCUUUGGUCCCGCCGACAAUGGCGACUAUCCCGUUCAAAGCCUGGGGCAGAACCCACCGAACCUCUCGUUGAAUGUUAAUAUGGACCCGCUUCCUCGGUAUGUGUCAAUACUGCUGAUAUCGAUCGGUGUCUUGCUACAAGGCGGCGUCCUGGUCUACGCCGCUGUAUCCCAGUACCACCUCAAGCUGAGCAAGUACGACGGCGAUGUGGUCAUCGUAUACGGCUUUCCGCUCCUUGCCACCGGAACUAUAUUCCUGGCGAUCGGCAUGUACUUCUGCGCCGAGGUUGUGCAGACCAGCACCAAAGAGCGGACCUGGAACUUCCGCAAGCCAGGCUUCCACUGCGAAGGCAUCAUCUGGCUGCAGCAGGGCGGUCAGACGGUGGGCGACCAGCGGUUCGAGUCCUUCGCGCGCCACAUGGACAAAAAGCACGAGAUCAGGACCUCCGUCAAGUGCGAAAAGCUCCGCACCACGCAGAUCGUCCUGGUCAGUGUCGGCCUCACCCUUGUCGGCUUUGUCUCGCAGUUUGUGGCGCUGCGGGCAAUGCAUGCGACAGUGACCGUCGUGCAGCUGGGAGCGAUACUCAUCAUGACGGCGAUCAGGUCCUGCGCGCAUAUCCAGCGAAAUGACAAGAACGAUAUCCUGGAUCCGCUGCAGGUCGAGGGACAUGAGCUGGAGUGGCUGGCGAAGGACCUUCACGGGUGCACUGCCUGGGAGGUGCAGCUGGGGUCGUUCUAUGUUGGCGAGGCCAGGGAUCGGAGGGUUCCUGACUCGCCCUCCCCGAUGCCCGACUCAGUACAGAUGGCCCCGAUUGAUGAGCUUGACCUAGGGCCGGUAUUUACUAGCGAGGAAGUUUCGAUCCCAGGCUCGCCCCCUUUGAUCCCCCACUCACUCCCUUCGAUCUCCGCCUUACUCCAUGCGGUCCACAACCCCCCUUCGAUCCUCGAUUCACCCCCUGCCAUAUCCGACUUAAUCUGGAUAGACAAGAGCGAAGAGGAUGGCUCAUGGCCGGGCCUCAUUGAGAAGGCGGGCGAGCAAACUCCCGCGGUCCUGGACUCCCCCGCUGUCACCUGCAACCCGCCUCCGAUCCCCGACUCACACCAUUCAAUCCCCGAAUCACCCUCUACGGGCGCACUCCCCCUGAUUACCGACCCAGUACCCGCAGUCUCCGACUCUCUCUCAGCGAUCCCCGCCUCACCCCCUGUAGUCGCCGUCCCGCCCCCCCUGGUUGUCAACUCGGCCUCUGCAGUUCUCAACUCGACCCGUCCAAUCUCCAUCUCAUCCCCUCCGAUCCCCGCCGCACCACCGCUGGGUCCGGUCGGAAGACAGAACCCAGGCGAGCCAGAGAACCUUGCGAUCGAGGUGAUGCAGACCCGCGCACGGCUAGCGGAGCUCUCGCAGGGCUGGGUUCUGCAGCUGCGCAAAACCGUCAAAUCACUGCAGACGACGCUUGACAAGACCAUGAACGAGAUCUACACCAGUAUCACGCUGAAGGAGGACUGGAAGAGCAAGGAGAGCUACUCCUGGUUUCUGCCAGUCUGGGCGGAGCAGAAAGGACCGCUGACUAACAGGAGUUCACGCGGGCCGACGAUGUUUGUUGAGCUCACCAUGACGCGGGGGCUGGAUCAGAAUGACCAUUGGGGGCCAUGGGUGUCCAACCCCUGCGAGCUCGAGGCCAUCCUGUCACUGUGGGUGUCGUCGGCAAAGGAAAAGAGGAUGCAUUCGAAUGGAAGUGUCUCUGGAUCCGUCGGCCAGGCGAGUGAGUGUUUUUGGUAUCUGGGCGUGGGGAGCGAUAAGGCGAGCAGAGACUACAACCUUUGGAUCCACCGUGAAACAGUUCCAUGUAAGGAUAAGUUGUCUGAGGGUCACAUGUAUUUCGGGAGCGUGGACUCCCUGCCGGCGGAUAAGGACGCUCCCUGCCUUACCGUUAAGUCUUCCAAUGCCCUCGAAAUUCUCUGCGCGCAGCAUAUAUACAGCGCCUUCAUGUCCAAGCUUACCCCCGAGAUUGUCAGCAUUGGUGGCACUACCGAGCGCCGUAGGACGGAGAUCACUACCUCCGAAGGGAAUCUCCCAACGUGGAUGCACUUUCGACUGAAUAAUACGAAGCUGGUUCGACUGGCGGGUAUAUUCUUCGAGGCUAGGUUGGGGACAAUAGAGGAGGCUUACUUUUGCUUCUUUCCAUUCCUAAGCAGGGAGGAGAUCGUACCUCUAGCAAAGGAGGCCUUUCGGGAGGCCUCGCAGGCGGCAAAGAGGUGUCAGUCGAGUGGGGGCUGGGAUCAGGCACUGUUGAUUGAUGAGUGGAUGAGUGACAAUAAGGAGGCGACCGGGUUUGACGAGCUGGGUUUGGCCAUCUGGUAUUCGGAGAUAGAUGAGAGGGUUUUGGUGCUUCUCGGUUUUAUAAACAAUUGCAUUAUCAGUCGCGAGUACGAUCAUCCAAUCUGGAGGUCCCCAGGACCGUUCGCGAAGAUUUUGCGGGGAGUGAUGAGGAUGAGUCGGGGACGAGACGCCACCUCUGUGCUAUACUGGAAUACAGUGGUGUUUUAUGUGCUUCACCUGUGGCAAAAGUUUACAUCUCAACGCGGAUUACAAUUUAGCAAGGCCAACAAGGUCGAGGUUAUCAUUAAUAAAUUAAACAAAAAAAAAAGAAAGGCCGAGGUUUUCAAGCUUGCGGUAGAGUUCCUCCAUAGUUUACCUGUAAGCCAAGAUCUUCCACAACAGAUUCAGCUUCUACUCCUCAUCAGGAACCUGGCGCUGAGGAACGACGAAAUCACCAUGGCAAAUAAUAUUUCGCUUGUGGUUUGGAAUGCUACACUUUCGGCGGGAGGAACCCGUGAGUUGGUCAGUGCAAACUACGGAGCCUCUCAGAUACUACUAUCAAUGCGUCUUAGUAGCUCAGUCUUCCUGAACAUGGAGGACUUGGAGAAAUAUCUCCCCAACAUGGCUGGAUUCGACAACGCCGGGGAAGGUGCCAUCACACAGGUUGCCUUAAAUACCUCAUCGAUUGAGGUCGAUCUAAAGCUAUUACGCCCAUACCGAACUCUCUUGCAGGGGGCCGCCGAAGCUGGACGUCUCGAUGCCGUCAAACGUAUCCUUGAGUGCGAGCCAGAAGCCGUUAACGCCGCCCCCAUAUCCCCAUACGGCCGCAGCGCGCUCCAAGCCGCCUCCGGUAAUGGUCAUCACGAGCUGGUAGAGUACCUCCUCACUUGUGCCUCUCCUCGGUCCGAUGUAAACUGUCCCGCCGCGGUUCCAUUUGGCUGCACGGCCCUUCAGGCGGCCUCCCAAGGGGGCCACGCAGACGUCGUCAAGCUUCUACUCGCGAAUGGUGCGUCCGUAGACGUCGUUCCUGUCCCAAACCUCGACCACUGCGUCCAGUUCCGCCGUCGGCUCAACAUGGAUGUCUCGGUGGAGGUCACAGCCUACGGAUACCAAUACAUCCCCGCACAUAGAGUUCAUCAGACCCGUGUUGGGGUAAGCGCAUUGUGUGCUGCCGCCACCAACGGCCACGAGAAGGUUGUACAGACCCUCUUAAGAGCGAAAGCAGAGGUAAAUAUGAUGAGCCACGGCACGGCCCUUCAGGCGGCGGCAGCGGCAGGACACCUACGUGUGGUGAAGAAGCUGCGAAGAUGGGGGGCAAAUCUUAACGUGGCUGCGGACGCUUGUGGGGGUGCUACAGCACUCCAGGCGGCGGUUGGAGAAGGUCAUUUCUAUGUGGCGCGGUAUCUAUUGGACUUCGGCGCCGACGUAGAUGCGCCUCCUGCUGCUUACCACGGACGCAGCGCGCUGGCGGCGGCUGCGGGUCGGGGUGAUACCUUUAUGGUAGAGUAUCUGAUAUAUAAAGGCGCAGAUGUGAACCAAGCCCCGGGUACAUGCUUUGGUACGACGGCGCUCCAGGCCGCAGCACGCAUUGGCAACCCUCAGAUCGUCUCCAUACUUUUAAAGUCAGGAGCAGACAUCAAUGGUCCUGCCGCCACCAUAGGAGGAAUUACUGCACUAGCAGCCGCAGCGGCGGCGGGACACUUGGAUAUCGUGAAACUGCUGUUGAACCACCCGGAGCCGGGUGACGCCAACGCAGCGGCGCCCUACGGAGGGCUUACAGCGCUUCAAGCGGCAGCAGAAGGUGGUCACGCUAAGAUAGUCGAGUUGCUAUUGCUGAAGGGGGCAGACGCAAAUGAUAUGCCUGCGCCAGGUGGGGGGAAAACGGCGCUGGUAGCGGCUCUGGAGGGCGGCCAUGUCGAGGUUGUGAAUAUGUUGAUAGGGGCCGGGGCGAACGUGAAUGAGGGGUUGGUCGAUGAUUUUGGGCACUCCGCAAUCGAGGAGGCAGUCGGAGAAGGCAUGCUGGAUGUGGUUGAGGAAUGGUUGGCUACAUUUAAGCCUCUGAAGAGACGUGGAAUCAUACCGCUUGCGGUAGCAGUACAGAGUGGAAACUUGGAUAUGGUCGAUAUGCUGCUGAAUGCGGAGGCAAACGCUACAAUGGAGGAGGACGAAGAGAACCAGCUCAUGCGGGAGGAGUACGGGCUAGACGAGGACCGAGUUGAGACGAUGAAUAGAAUAUUGGGAAAACCACAAUAUUCGGACACAAUCGAAAAGUCGGCUUCAGAGCGCCUGCUCUUCGAAAGGAAAAUUGCGACGCUAUUAAAAAUGAAGAACCUCUUGCAAAAUAUCAAGUUAGAGGCCCAGGAAUUUCCCAUACACUUGGCUGAAAGGCUGGGGUAUGUAGAUAUUGCUAAGAGAUUAAAGUCAGUGCCUGAAGAAGAGAUGGCACGGAAACGGGGGUCGGAGAUAGUAGAAAAUGGCGACUCCGAUGACGAGAGGAGUAUGGUAUACAUUUGA